AUGCCGCUCACCACUGCUAUCGUCUCGUCAUGGUCGGCAAAAUCGGAUACAGAACUGAUUGGCGAGCUAGCGAAGCAAAAUGAUGAUCUCGCCCAGCGGUCACAAUUCUCGGAAUUGGAUGCAGAUUUGCGAAAAGAGUUACAAGAGUUCUUGGCAGAACGUCCAGAAAGCUCCACACCAGAAGUUUCGACCGAGAUACUGCGUAUGCUUCGGAUAUUGGCCCGCGACCAAGGAUUGAUAGAUGGGUUACUGAAUGAGGCAAAGUACGACUUGGUGAUAAUGUGUGGGCUGCACCGGGGCAAACCGACCCGAAGCUAUUCGUGUCUUGACGAGGCGGAAAAGUGCUUAAUUAACACGCUGCAUCACUCGUCUAAAGCACGAGCUAUUUUCGAGAAAGUUGCCCUCGAGCGACUUAUUGAACGGCUUGGCCAGUUUCGAAGUGGAUCCAGUGUUUCUGUGGACGGACUAACGCAACCUCUGAGCGCCAAGCAGGCGGAAGAUAUUUGGUUCUACGAUUUGCGGAUCUCUUUCGUUUCUUCUGCCCAUCUGCCAUCAAUUCAGAAAACAUGGCGUGAAAAUCCAGCCGUAGCCGGUGUAUUUAUUGAAACGGCUCAGGAGAUGCUCGAGAAGAAAGCAGACGAGAAUUUCGGCGACGCACCCAGCGCAGUCAAAAACCGUGCCUCUGAAGCUCUGAAAAUCCUGUACAACUUGAUUUGCCGUUGCCCUAACACUGGUUUCCCCACCAACUUUCCGGCGAAGCGGCUUACCGAAUUGGCUUGCGAUUUCGUGCGAGUCGGGCUGCUCUUCGGACAGGAUCUCCUGCAACAUGGCGUCAAUCUGUUGACAGCCGUUCCGCGAAAGCAGCAUGAAGGUCGGGAUAUGACGAUACCGGACGUGCUCGUGACAAUUCUCGGGAACCUGCUCGAUGAGAAGAAAACCGCUUCCGAACGGGAUCUCCUGAACACCUACUUUGCCGUGUUGCUGAACAUUUGCUCAGAAUGCGCCGAGGCUAGACGCUACUGCAGGCUGAUGAUCCUACCACCACUACGAGCCUCCGACGUUGCUCGUCGACCCGAUGAAGGGGAUACGCUGCGCAACCGCAUGGUGCGCGCCAUUCACGCGACGGUCAGCCGCGACCUGGCCGCCGAGUUUCUGUUUGUACUGUGCAAGCGAUCAGUGCCGCGGAUGAUAAAGUACACCGGUUUCGGCCAUGCGGCCGGUCUCUUCGCGGAUCGCGGGCUGCUGGGCAAGAUCAGCGAGCGCAAGGACGGCGACAGCGAGGAUUCCGACACGGAAGAAUACAACGACGUUCGCGACAAUGUGAACCCGGUGUCCGGCUACGUGCAGCCUCGAGGCGAGAACCCCCUGGCCGACAUGUCCGACGAGCAGAAGGAGUACGAGGCCAUGAAGCUGGUGAAUGCUAUUGAUCAGAUGAUGCGCAGUGGCGGGAUUCGGCCGGCAACUAUCGGGCCAGAUGGUCGUCCCCGUGAAGUGUCCCACGUACUGGAACUUGCCAAGGAUGCGCCCGCUGACGAGAUGAACUCGGACAGCGAU